CCCUGCCUCCCCUCGCCUUGCCCCUCGCACGCUUCCAGUGAUCCUGUCGCUGUCACCGUCUCCUUGUUUGCUACCGCCGCUGGUCCGCGCGGAAACAGCAGCCGUGCUGGCUGGCUCGGCGUCGCUGACCGGCGACGGCGUCCGGCUCGCUCGUUCGUCCGUUCCUCCGGCCCUCCUCCCCCUUCGCGGGACGGGACGGGGGGCCGCCGGCCUCGUGCUUUUUGCGCGGCGUGGUUGGAGUGGUUGAGCCGAUGGCGACGAUCCCGGGAGGCGUGGCGCCAUGACGGAAACCAUUUUAAUACGCGCCCCCGCAGCUGAAACCUGACAAGCUAACCAGAUUUUAGGUGGUUACCUCUGUCGCCCGCCGCGACGCCUCUCUUUCCGCCCGGCGCCCAGGAUAAUAGUUCCCGCUCUGGCCGCUUGCGCUUGUAUCUUCUUCCUCGCCUCACACCCCCACCUUUCGGUUCGGGCGGGCCGAGCGAAUUCGGCCACGAAGCGACUAAGAGAGCGCGCGGCCGGAGGGGGGCAGCGGCGUUUGGCUUGGUAACGGAACUCGCUCGAUUUCCAGGCCAGGCGACGACCGCCGCCUCGGCGCUUUUCUAUUGGAGCAGCCUCGGUUCUACUUCCGGGUCAGACACUGGUUGAAGGCGUGCAGCCAGCAGCAGCCGUGCGGCUCGUGCUGAGUCUUGUGUCAGCGCGGAGUCCACGGCGAUUAGUGGUUGAGCUAAUCGCUGGCCUGCUGUGCCUAGUUACUGACCAGCUCCGUGCGGCUCGUGCUGAUUUCUUGAGGCGAUCGAGUUGGGGGUCAGCAGGCGCCAUGGCGGUGGAGCGCGGGGAGGGCGUCGGCCGGUGCAUACUAGUGGGGCUGCACAUGGACGCCGUCGGCAGGGACCUGCUCCGGUGGGCGCUCAACCAGGCGGCGAGGCCGGGGGACCGCGUCGUCGCCGUGCACAUUUACCGCAAGUCCGACCUGUGCAAGACGAACACUCUGAGGCUGAUCAGGACGCUGGACGACUACCUGGCGGAGUACGAGUCCCUCUGCAGCAAGAAAGAGAUCGUUCUGGUCGGCCGGGUGACGCCGGGGAGCUCGAUCCAGAAGGAGCUGGUGAAGGAGGCCAAGCUCUGCGCCGCCAUGGUCGUGGUGCUUGGCGCCAACAAGAAGUACUCCUUCGGAGGGUCGACUUGCCUGGCCAAGUACUGCGCCAAGAAGCUGCCGCCGACGACCACCGUGGUCGCCAUUCAGAACGGCAAGGCCGUCUUCGUCCGGGAGGCGCCCAAGCCGCCAAUUGGAGCAGAGCCGAAGCCGGUGCUGCGCACGGUGCUGCACCCGAGCGUGGGGCUGGAGCCCAAGGUGAUCAUCCCGAACCCGGACCGGAGCGCGCGGUCCAUGGACUUCGACGCCGAGGGAUGCGGCCACGGCGCCGCGGCCGCGCCGGCGACGGAGUCCGUCGACGACGCCACUAAGGCCAGCGGCGGCGUGGCGCUAGAGCAGAGGCUCGGGUGGCCGCUACUCCGCCGCGCACACGCCGCCGCCGCCGUGGCGGCGGCGGCCGUCCCCGCGCCCAGCGCCAAGGAGCAGGAGCCGCGGAAGCAGUCGGUGGUGCAGUGGGUGAUGAGCCUGCCCCGGCGGACCGCGCCGUCGGAGUCCCCCGAGCCGCACGCGGGGGCGGGGCUCGCGUCGGAGCUCAAGGCAAUGCUCGACGGCGGCGGCGCGCGGUGCCGGUGGUUCCGCUACGAGGAGCUCUACGACUCCACCAACCACUUCUCCGCAGAGAACCUGAUCGGGAACGGCGGGAACAGCCGGGUCUACAGGGGCAGCCUCGCCUGCGGGAAGCAGGUGGCGAUCAAGCUGUCCAAGGCGUCGACGCAGGCGUCCAAGGACUUCCUCCGGGAGGUGGACAUCAUCACCAAGCUCCAGCACCAGCGGAUCCUCCCGCUGAUCGGCGUCUGCGUGGAAGGCCCCAACCUCAUCUCCGUCUACAGCUACCUCCCCAGGGGCAGCCUCGAGGACAACCUGCACGGGGAGAAGUCAAAGCCGGCGCUGUCAUGGGAGAACCGGUACAAGGCGGCGCUGGGGAUCGCGGAGGCCCUGAGCUACGUGCACUCCGGCGGCCCCCGGCCGGUGUUCCACAGGGACGUCAAGUCCUCCAACAUCCUUCUCACGGAAGAGUUCGAGCCCCAGCUUUCCGAUUUCGGGCUCGCCAUCUGGGCGCCGUCGAACCCGACCUCCCUGGCGCACAGCGACGUCGUCGGCACGUUCGGGUACCUGGCGCCGGAGUACUUCAUGUACGGGAAGGUGACGGACAAGGUGGACGUGUACGCGUUCGGCGUCGUGCUGCUGGAGCUCCUGUCCGGGCGGAAGCCCAUCACCAGCGACGGGUCGUCGCCCAAGGGCCAGGAGAGCCUCGUCAUGUGGGCGACUCCGGUGCUCAGCAGCGGCGACAUCUCAGAUCUGCUGGACCCGAGGCUAGACGUGGAGCACGACGAGGCGGAGGUGAGGCGGAUGGCCACGGCUGCGUGCCUCUGCCUACGGAGGUCGGCUCGGCUCAGGCCGCCGAUAUCGCAGAUACAGAGCAUACUACGAGGAGAGAGCACGGCGAGCAUCGCCGACCAGGGCGGCGGCGCGGAGCUGGACUGCCUGGACGACGAGGCGUACCCGGCGGCGAACGUGAGGUCGCACCUGGACCUCGCGCUGCUGGACGUGGAGGACUCGGAGUCCAUCUCCAGCACGGAGCACAGCAGCGGCCUCAGCCCGUUGGAGGAGUACCUGCGGGAACGGUGGAGCCGAUCCUCCAGCUUCGACUGAUUUGCGAUUUCGUGAGCAUGUAUUUUCGUUUUCUUCCCCCGGUAGCUCCCAUGUUUGUUGUUCGGUUUUGUUACCGGGAUCAUGUACAGUACAGAAUCAAAGAAUCAUCACAGCCACAUUUUCGGCAACAAGAGGCUUUCUGGAAGAUUCAGAUUA